GUCCUCGGUCCUGCACAAACCGCUACUCUUCUUCCACGCACUACUAGCCCCCCACCGUCUUCUUCCUCCCUUCCGCGCCGGGACAACCACCAUAAACCCUAGAAAUCCCGUUUCCGUGAACCCUCUCUCUUUCCCGUUGGACCUCGGUUGCUUCCCUUCUCUUCGCGCCAAAAAAUCCCUGCACCCCGGCGCCAUGGACCUCCAGAGAGCAAUGUUGGACGAGCUCAUGGGCGCAGAUCGUAAUUUGACGGAGGACGAGAGGAAGGAUUACAAGGAAAUAACAUGGGAUUCCAAGGAAGUAUGUCCGUACUACAUGGCUCGAUUCUGCCCUCAUGACCUCUUUGUCAACACUAAGAGCGAUCUCGGGGCAUGUGAUAGAGUCCACGAUCCGAAGCUCAAGGAAAGCUUUGAGAAGUCUCCGAGGCAUGACAAGUUCUUGAUCAAAUUCGAGUCCGAGCUUGCUCAGCGGUGUGAUAAAUUGGUGAUGGAUUUGGAUAGAAGAGUUAGACGUGGUCGCGAACGUCUUGCUCAAGGUGAAGAACCUGUACCGCCUCCUCCACUAUCAGCCGAGAAGUCUGAACAAUUAGCUGUGGUUGAAGAGAAGAUAAAGAAUUUGCUGGGGCAAGUGGAGGCCCUUGGUGAGGCUGGGAAAGUUGAUGAAGCUCAAGCUCUUAUGAAAAAGGUAGACGAAUUGAAUUUGGAGAAAGUGCUGAUUCAAGCACAGGGUGACAAAUUGCCGCUGGUCCUUCCGGAGAAAAAGAUGGCCUUGUGUGAGAUCUGUGGUUCUUUUCUGGUUGCAAAUGAUGCUGCAGAGAGGACACAAUCUCAUAUAACAGGGAAGCAGCACCUGGGCUAUGGCUUAGUUCGAGAUUUCAUCAGUGAGUGCAAGGAAGCUAGGGAAAAGGCAAAGGAAGAGGAAAGAUUAGCAAAGGAGAAAGAAGCUGAAGAACGAAGGAAGCAACAGGAGAAGGAACCUGACAGGAGUCGAAGGAGUGUAUCGGGUGAAAGGGAUCGCUAUCAGGACCGAGACAGGGACAGAGAGCGGGACAGAUGCCGUGACAAUGGAAGGUCAAGGGAAAGGAAUGGUAGAAAUCGGGAUGGUGGAAAGGGUUCCAGGAACGGAAGGGAUAGGUACUAUGAUCGGAGUCGAUCACGGUCUCCUGGGAGGCACAGUGGUAGAAGGAGGUCCUCGAGAAGUCCUGCUCGUCCGUAUUAGUGGGUUCAGUAGAUAGAUGUCUGAGCUUUUAGCUAUCCCAUGAGGUAGUCAUUUUCAAUCUCAAGUCUUCUGAACCAAUGCUUUGGAGUCCUACAGCUAAAUCAUCAUCUUGGAUGCCAAAAUUUUCUUUCUUUCUAUAUCACAGCUUUAAUGAGACUGUACCCCACUUUCAUCAGUACUCUUAAGAGGAGAACUUGGUUGAGGUAGGUAUAACUUGAAAUUUGUGCUACUCGUGUGUUUACCUGAAGCUUGGAUGAACUUUAUGCCAUUACGGAACAUCAAUGUUAGAGGUAUUCUCCUUCAUUUCUCUUUCUAUGUCAUUUGAUGACAGAUCUGUUCUGAAUUCUGAUGGGGCGGACUCAAGAUUAUGUUGUUGAAUGUCACUACUGCUAUAGAAUGAUGAUAUAUUACAUGUCUUAGUUUAAAGGUAACAAAUUAAUAUCAUCUUU